AUGAACACUGGCUCUGAUGAACCUCAUGAGGACCACGAUCACGCCGAAGUUGACCAUUCCGAGAAGGCCGGAGCUGAAGAACAACAUCAUGAAGUUUCGGUUCAGCCAGCAGAAAGCUCCGUGCUGAACACUGGCUCUGAUGAUCCUCAUGAGGACCACGAUCACGCCGAAGUUGACCAUUCCGAGAAGGUCGGAGCUGAAGAACAACAUCACGAAGUUUCGGCUCAGCCAGCAGAAAGCUCCGUGCUGAACACUGGCUCAGAUGAACCUCAUGCGGACCACGACCACGCCGAAGUUGACCAUUCCAUGAAGGCCGAAGCUGAAGAAGAACAUCAUGAAGUUUCGGCUCAGCCAGCAGAAAGCUCCUUGCCGAUCACUGGCUCUGAUGAACCUCAGGAGGACCGCGACCACGCCGAAGUUGAACAUUCCGAGAAGGUCGAAGCUGAGAAAGAACAUCACGAAGUUUCGGCUGAGCCAGCAGAAAGCUCCUUGCCGAACACUGGCUCUGAUGAACCUCACGAGGACCGCGACCACGCCGAAGUUGAACAUUCCGAGAAGGUCGAAGCUGAAGAAGAACAUCACGAAGUUUCGGCUCAGCCAGCAGAAAGCUCCGUGCUGAACACUGGCUCUGAUGAACCUCAUGAGGACCACGAUCACGCCGAAGUUGACCAUUCCGAGAAGGCCGAAGCUGUGGAAGAACAUCACGAAGUUUCGGCUCAGCCAGCAGAAAGCUCCGUGCUGAACACUGGCUCUGAUGAACCUCAAGCGGACCAUGGACACGCCGCGAAUGAUCAUUCCGAGAAGGCCGAAGCUGAAAAAGAACAUCACGAAGUUUCGGCUCAGCCAGCAGAAAGCUCCGUGCUGAACACUGGCUCAGAUGAACCUCAUGCGGACCAUGGACACGCCGAGAAUGAUCAUUCCGAGAAGGCCGGAGCUGAAGAAGAACAUCAUGAAGUUUCAGUUCAGCCAGCAGAAAGCUCUGUGCUGAACACUCGUUCUGCUGAACCCCAUGAGGACCACGACCACGCCGAAGUGGACCAUUCCGAGAAGGCCGAAGCUGAAAAAGAACAUUAUGAAGUUUCGGCUCAGCCAGCAGAAAGCUCCUUGCCGAACACUGGCUCAGAUGAACCUCAUGCGGACCAUGGACACGCCGAGAAUGAUCAUUCCGAGAAGGCCGAAGCUGAAGAAGAACAUCAUGAAGUUUCGGCUCAGCCAGCAGAAAGCUCCGUGAUGAACACUGGCUCUGAUGAACCUCAUGAGGACCACGAUCACGCCGAAGUUGACCAUUCCGAGAAGGCCGGAGCUGAAGAAGAACAUCACGAAGUUUCGGCUCAGCCAGCAGAAAGCUCCGUGAUGAACACUGGCUCUGAUGAACCUCAUGAGGACCACGAUCACGCCGAAGUUGACCAUUCCGAGAAGGCCGGAGCUGAAGAACAACAUCAUGAAGUUUCGGUUCAGCCAGCAGAAAGCUCCGUGCUGAACACAGGUUCUGAUGAACCUCAUGCGGACCAUGAACACGCCGAGAAUGAUCAUUCCGAGAAGGCCGGAGCUGAAGAAGAACAUCACGAAGUUUCGGCUCAGCCAGCAGAAAGCUCCGUGAUGAACACUGGCUCUGAUGAACCUCAUGAGGACCACGAUCACGCCGAAGUUGACCAUUCCGAGAAGGUCGGAGCUGAAGAACAACAUCACGAAGUUUCGGCUCAGCCAGCAGAAAGCUCCGUGCUGAACACUGGCUCAGAUGAACCUCAUGCGGACCACGACCACGCCGAAGUUGACCAUUCCAUGAAGGCCGAAGCUGAAGAAGAACAUCAUGAAGUUUCGGCUCAGCCAGCAGAAAGCUCCUUGCCGAUCACUGGCUCUGAUGAACCUCAGGAGGACCGCGACCACGCCGAAGUUGAACAUUCCGAGAAGGUCGAAGCUGAGAAAGAACAUCACGAAGUUUCGGCUGAGCCAGCAGAAAGCUCCUUGCCGAACACUGGCUCUGAUGAACCUCACGAGGACCGCGACCACGCCGAAGUUGAACAUUCCGAGAAGGUCGAAGCUGAAGAAGAACAUCACGAAGUUUCGGCUCAGCCAGCAGAAAGCUCCGUGCUGAACACUGGCUCUGAUGAACCUCAUGAGGACCACGAUCACGCCGAAGUUGACCAUUCCGAGAAGGCCGAAGCUGUGGAAGAACAUCACGAAGUUUCGGCUCAGCCAGCAGAAAGCUCCGUGCUGAACACUGGCUCUGAUGAACCUCAAGCGGACCAUGGACACGCCGCGAAUGAUCAUUCCGAGAAGGCCGAAGCUGAAAAAGAACAUCACGAAGUUUCGGCUCAGCCAGCAGAAAGCUCCGUGCUGAACACUGGCUCAGAUGAACCUCAUGCGGACCAUGGACACGCCGAGAAUGAUCAUUCCGAGAAGGCCGGAGCUGAAAAAGAACAUCACGGAUUUUCGGCUCAGCCAGCAGAAAGCUCCGUGCUGAACACUGGCUCUGAUAAACCUCAUGAGGACCACGAUCACGCCGAAGUUGACCAUUCCGAGAAGGCCGGAGCUGAAGAAGAACAUCAUGAAGUUUCAGUUCAGCCAGCAGAAAGCUCUGUGCUGAACACUCGUUCUGCUGAACCCCAUGAGGACCACGACCACGCCGAAGUGGACCAUUCCGAGAAGGCCGAAGCUGAAAAAGAACAUUAUGAAGUUUCGGCUCAGCCAGCAGAAAGCUCCUUGCCGAACACUGGCUCAGAUGAACCUCAUGCGGACCAUGGACACGCCGAGAAUGAUCAUUCCGAGAAGGCCGGAGCUGAAAAAGAACAUCACGGAUUUUCGGCUCAGCCAGCAGAAAGCUCCGUGCUGAACACUGGCUCUGAUGAACCUCAUGAGGACCACGAUCACGCCGAAGUUGACCAUUCCGAGAAGGCCGGAGCUGAAGAAGAACAUCAUGAAGUUUCAGUUCAGCCAGCAGAAAGCUCUGUGCUGAAUACUCGUUCUGCUGAACCCCAUGAGGACCACGACCACGCCGAAGUUGAACAUUCCGAGAAGGUCGAAGCUGAAAAAGAACAUCACGAAGUUUCGGCUCAGCCAGCAGAAAGCUCCGUGCUGAACACAGGUUCUGAUGAACCUGACGAGGACCACGACCACGCCGAAGUUGAACAUUCCGAGAAGGCCGAAGCUGAGGAAGAACAUCACGAAGUUUCGGCUCAGCCAGCAGAAAGCUCUGUGCUGAACACAGGUUCUGAUGAACCUGACGAGGACCACGACCACGCCGAAGUUGAACAUUCCGAGAAGGCCGGAGCUGAAGAAGAACAUCACGAAGUUUCGGCUCAGCCAGCAGAAAGCUCCGUGAUGAACACUGGCUCAGAUGAACCUCAUGCGGACCAUGGACACGCCGAGAAUGAUCAUUCCGAGAAGGCCGGAGCUGAAGAAGAACAUCACGAAGUUUCGGCUCAGCCAGCAGAAAGCUCUGUGCUGAACACAGGUUCUGAUGAACCUGACGAGGACCACGACCACGCCGAAGUUGAACAUUCCGAGAAGGCCGAAGCUGAGGAAGAACAUCACGAAGUUUCGGCUCAGCCAGCAGAAAGCUCUGUGCUGAACACAGGUUCUGAUGAACCUCAAGCGGACCAUGGACACGCCGCGAAUGAUCAUUCCGAGAAGGCCGAAGCUGAAAAAAAGAACAUCACGAAGUUUCGGCUCAGCCAGCAGAAAGCUCUGUGCUGAACACAGGUUCUGAUGAACCUGACGAGGACCACGACCACGCCGAAGUUGAACAUUCCGAGAAGGCCGAAGCUGAGGAAGAACAUCACGAAGUUUCGGCUCAGCCAGCAGAAAGCUCUGUGCUGAACACAGGUUCUGAUGAACCUGACGAGGACCACGACCACGCCGAAGUUGAACAUUCCGAGAAGGCCGGAGCUGAAGAAGAACAUCACGAAGUUUCGGCUCAGCCAGCAGAAAGCUCUGUGCUGAACACAGGUUCUGAUGAACCUGACGAGGACCACGACCACGCCGAAGUUGAACAUUCCGAGAAGGCCGAAGCUGAGGAAGAACAUCACGAAGUUUCGGCUCAGCCAGCAGAAAGCUCUGUGCUGAACACAGGUUCUGAUGAACCUCAAGCGGACCAUGGACACGCCGCGAAUGAUCAUUCCGAGAAGGCCGAAGCUGAAAAAAAGAACAUCACGAAGUUUCGGCUCAGCCAGCAGAAAGCUCUGUGCUGAACACAGGUUCUGAUGAACCUGACGAGGACCACGACCACGCCGAAGUUGAACAUUCCGAGAAGGCCGAAGCUGAGGAAGAACAUCACGAAGUUUCGGCUCAGCCAGCAGAAAGCUCUGUGCUGAACACAGGUUCUGAUGAACCUGACGAGGACCACGACCACGCCGAAGUUGAACAUUCCGAGAAGGCCGGAGCUGAAGAAGAACAUCACGAAGUUUCGGCUCAGCCAGCAGAAAGCUCCGUGAUGAACACUGGCUCAGAUGAACCUCAUGCGGACCAUGGACACGCCGAGAAUGAUCAUUCCGAGAAGGCCGAAGCUGAGGAAGAACAUCACGAAGUUUCGGCUCAGCCAGCAGAAAGCUCUGUGCUGAACACAGGUUCUGAUGAACCUGACGAGGACCACGACCACGCCGAAGUUGAACAUUCCGAGAAGGCCGAAGCUGAGGAAGAACAUCACGAAGUUUCGGCUCAGCCAGCAGAAAGCUCUGUGCUGAACACAGGUUCUGAUGAACCUGACGAGGACCACGACCACGCCGAAGUUGAACAUUCCGAGAAGGCCGGAGCUGAAGAAGAACAUCACGAAGUUUCGGCUCAGCCAGCAGAAAGCUCUGUGCUGAACACAGGUUCUGAUGAACCUGACGAGGACCACGACCACGCCGAAGUUGAACAUUCCGAGAAGGCCGGAGCUGAAGAAGAACAUCACGAAGUUUCGGCUCAGCCAGCAGAAAGCUCUGUGCUGAACACAGGUUCUGAUGAACCUGACGAGGACCACGACCACGCCGAAGUUGAACAUUCCGAGAAGGCCGAAGCUGAGGAAGAACAUCACGGAGUUUCGGCUCAGCCAGCAGAAAGCUCUGUGCUGAACACAGGUUCUGAUGAACCUGACGAGGACCACGACCACGCCGAAGUUGAACAUUCCGAGAAGGCCGAAGCUGAGGAAGAACAUCACGAAGUUUCGGCUCAGCCAGCAGAAAGCUCUGUGCUGAACACAGGUUCUGAUGAACCUGACGAGGACCACGACCACGCCGAAGUUGAACAUUCCGAGAAGGCCGGAGCUGAAGAAGAACAUCACGAAGUUUCGGCUCAGCCAGCAGAAAGCUCUGUGCUGAACACAGGUUCUGAUGAACCUGACGAGGACCACGACCACGCCGAAGUUGAACAUUCCGAGAAGGUCGAAGCUGAAAAAAAGAACAUCACGAAGUUUCGGCUCAGCCAGCAGAAAGCUCCGUGCUGAACACAGGUUCUGAUGAACCUGACGAGGACCACGACCACGCCGAAGUUGAACAUUCCGAGAAGGCCGAAGCUGAGGAAGAACAUCACGAAGUUUCGGCUCAGCCAGCAGAAAGCUCUGUGCUGAACACAGGUUCUGAUGAACCUGACGAGGACCACGACCACGCCGAAGUUGAACAUUCCGAGAAGGCCGGAGCUGAAGAAGAACAUCACGAAGUUUCGGCUCAGCCAGCAGAAAGCUCUGUGCUGAACACAGGUUCUGAUGAACCUGACGAGGACCACGACCACGCCGAAGUUGAACAUUCCGAGAAGGUCGAAGCUGAAAAAGAACAUCACGAAGUUUCGGCUCAGCCAGCAGAAAGCUCCGUGCUGAACACAGGUUCUGAUGAACCUGACGAGGACCACGACCACGCCGAAGUUGAACAUUCCGAGAAGGCCGAAGCUGAGGAAGAACAUCACGAAGUUUCGGCUCAGCCAGCAGAAAGCUCUGUGCUGAACACAGGUUCUGAUGAACCUGACGAGGACCACGACCACGCCGAAGUUGAACAUUCCGAGAAGGCCGGAGCUGAAGAAGAACAUCACGAAGUUUCGGCUCAGCCAGCAGAAAGCUCCGUGAUGAACACUGGCUCAGAUGAACCUCAUGCGGACCAUGGACACGCCGAGAAUGAUCAUUCCGAGAAGGCCGGAGCUGAAGAAGAACAUCACGAAGUUUCGGCUCAGCCAGCAGAAAGCUCUGUGCUGAACACAGGUUCUGAUGAACCUGACGAGGACCACGACCACGCCGAAGUUGAACAUUCCGAGAAGGCCGAAGCUGAGGAAGAACAUCACGAAGUUUCGGCUCAGCCAGCAGAAAGCUCUGUGCUGAACACAGGUUCUGAUGAACCUCAAGCGGACCAUGGACACGCCGCGAAUGAUCAUUCCGAGAAGGCCGAAGCUGAAAAAGAACAUCACGAAGUUUCGGCUCAGCCAGCAGAAAGCUCUGUGCUGAACACAGGUUCUGAUGAACCUGACGAGGACCACGACCACGCCGAAGUUGAACAUUCCGAGAAGGCCGAAGCUGAGGAAGAACAUCACGAAGUUUCGGCUCAGCCAGCAGAAAGCUCUGUGCUGAACACAGGUUCUGAUGAACCUGACGAGGACCACGACCACGCCGAAGUUGAACAUUCCGAGAAGGCCGGAGCUGAAGAAGAACAUCACGAAGUUUCGGCUCAGCCAGCAGAAAGCUCCGUGAUGAACACUGGCUCAGAUGAACCUCAUGCGGACCAUGGACACGCCGAGAAUGAUCAUUCCGAGAAGGCCGAAGCUGAGGAAGAACAUCACGAAGUUUCGGCUCAGCCAGCAGAAAGCUCUGUGCUGAACACAGGUUCUGAUGAACCUGACGAGGACCACGACCACGCCGAAGUUGAACAUUCCGAGAAGGCCGAAGCUGAGGAAGAACAUCACGAAGUUUCGGCUCAGCCAGCAGAAAGCUCUGUGCUGAACACAGGUUCUGAUGAACCUGACGAGGACCACGACCACGCCGAAGUUGAACAUUCCGAGAAGGCCGGAGCUGAAGAAGAACAUCACGAAGUUUCGGCUCAGCCAGCAGAAAGCUCUGUGCUGAACACAGGUUCUGAUGAACCUGACGAGGACCACGACCACGCCGAAGUUGAACAUUCCGAGAAGGCCGGAGCUGAAGAAGAACAUCACGAAGUUUCGGCUCAGCCAGCAGAAAGCUCUGUGCUGAACACAGGUUCUGAUGAACCUGACGAGGGACCACGACCACGCCGAAGUUGAACAUUCCGAGAAGGCCGAAGCUGAGGAAGAACAUCACGGAGUUUCGGCUCAGCCAGCAGAAAGCUCUGUGCUGAACACAGGUUCUGAUGAACCUGACGAGGACCACGACCACGCCGAAGUUGAACAUUCCGAGAAGGCCGAAGCUGAGGAAGAACAUCACGAAGUUUCGGCUCAGCCAGCAGAAAGCUCUGUGCUGAACACAGGUUCUGAUGAACCUGACGAGGACCACGACCACGCCGAAGUUGAACAUUCCGAGAAGGCCGGAGCUGAAGAAGAACAUCACGAAGUUUCGGCUCAGCCAGCAGAAAGCUCCGUGCUGAACACUGGCUCAGAUGAACCUCAUGCGGACCAUGGACACGCCGAGAAUGAUCAUUCCGAGAAGGCCGGAGCUGAAGAAGAACGUCACGAAGUUUCGGCUCAGCCAGCAGAAAGCUCCGUGAUGAACACUGGCUCUGAUGAACCUCAUGAGGACCACGAUCACGCCGAAGUUGACCAUUCCGAGAAGGCCGGAGCUGAAGAAGAACAUCACGAAGUUUCGGCUCAGCCAGCAGAAAGCUCCGUGAUGAACACUGGCUCUGAUGAACCUCAUGAGGACCACGAUCACGCCGAAGUUGACCAUUCCGAGAAGGCCGGAGCUGAAGAACAACAUCAUGAAGUUUCGGUUCAGCCAGCAGAAAGCUCCGUGCUGAACACAGGUUCUGAUGAACCUCAUGCGGACCAUGAACACGCCGAGAAUGAUCAUUCCGAGAAGGCCAGAGCUGAAGAAGAACAUCACGAAGUUUCGGCUCAGCCAGCAGAAAGCUCCGUGAUGAACACUGGCUCUGAUGAACCUCAUGAGGACCACGAUCACGCCGAAGUUGACCAUUCCGAGAAGGCCGGAGCUGAAGAACAACAUCAUGAAGUUUCGGUUCAGCCAGCAGAAAGCUCCGUGCUGAACACUGGCUCUGAUGAUCCUCAUGAGGACCACGAUCACGCCGAAGUUGACCAUUCCGAGAAGGUCGGAGCUGAAGAUCAACAUCACGAAGUUUCGGCUCAGCCAGCAGAAAGCUCCGUGCUGAACACUGGCUCAGAUGAACCUCAUGCGGACCACGACCACGCCGAAGUUGACCAUUCCAUGAAGGCCGAAGCUGAAGAAGAACAUCAUGAAGUUUCGGCUCAGCCAGCAGAAAGCUCCUUGCCGAUCACUGGCUCUGAUGAACCUCAGGAGGACCGCGACCACGCCGAAGUUGAACAUUCCGAGAAGGUCGAAGCUGAGAAAAGAACAUCACGAAGUUUCGGCUGAGCCAGCAGAAAGCUCCUUGCCGAACACUGGCUCUGAUGAACCUCACGAGGACCGCGACCACGCCGAAGUUGAACAUUCCGAGAAGGUCGAAGCUGAAGAAGAACAUCACGAAGUUUCGGCUCAGCCAGCAGAAAGCUCCGUGCUGAACACUGGCUCUGAUGAACCUCAUGAGGACCACGAUCACGCCGAAGUUGACCAUUCCGAGAAGGCCGAAGCUGUGGAAGAACAUCACGAAGUUUCGGCUCAGCCAGCAGAAAGCUCCGUGCUGAACACUGGCUCUGAUGAACCUCAAGCGGACCAUGGACACGCCGCGAAUGAUCAUUCCGAGAAGGCCGAAGCUGAAAAAGAACAUCACGAAGUUUCGGCUCAGCCAGCAGAAAGCUCCGUGCUGAACACUGGCUCUGAUGAACCUCAUGAGGACCACGAUCACGCCGAAGUUGAACAUUCCGAGAAGGUCGAAGCUGAAGAAGAACAUCAUGAAGUUUCAGUUCUGCCAGCAGAAAGCUCUGUGCUGAAUACUCGUUCUGCUGAACCCCAUGAGGACCACGACCACGCCGAAGUUGAACAUUCCGAGAAGGUCGAAGCUGAAAAAGAACAUCACGAAGUUUCGGCUCAGCCAGCAGAAAGCUCCGUGCUGAACACUGGCUCUGAUGAACCUCAUGAGGACCGCGAUCACGCCGAAGUUGAACAUUCCGAGAAGGCCGAAGCUGAGGAAGAACAUCACGGAGUUUCGGCUCAGCCAGCAGAAAGCUCUGUGCUGAACACAGGUUCUGAUGAACCUGACGAGGGACCACGACCACGCCGAAGUUGAACAUUCCGAGAAGGCCGAAGCUGAGGAAGAACAUCACGAAGUUUCGGCUCAGCCAGCAGAAAGCUCUGUGCUGAACACAGGUUCUGAUGAACCUGACGAGGACCACGACCACGCCGAAGUUGAACAUUCCGAGAAGGCCGGAGCUGAAGAAGAACAUCACGAAGUUUCGGCUCAGCCAGCAGAAAGCUCCGUGAUGAACACUGGCUCAGAUGAACCUCAUGCGGACCAUGGACACGCCGAGAAUGAUCAUUCCGAGAAGGCCGGAGCUGAAGAAGAACAUCACGAAGUUUCGGCUCAGCCAGCAGAAAGCUCUGUGCUGAACACAGGUUCUGAUGAACCUGACGAGGACCACGACCACGCCGAAGUUGAACAUUCCGAGAAGGCCGAAGCUGAGGAAGAACAUCACGAAGUUUCGGCUCAGCCAGCAGAAAGCUCUGUGCUGAACACAGGUUCUGAUGAACCUCAAGCGGACCAUGGACACGCCGCGAAUGAUCAUUCCGAGAAGGCCGAAGCUGAAAAAGAACAUCACGAAGUUUCGGCUCAGCCAGCAGAAAGCUCCGUGCUGAACACUGGCUCAGAUGAACCUCAUGCGGACCAUGGACACGCCGAGAAUGAUCAUUCCGAGAAGGCCGGAGCUGAAGAAGAACAUCACGAAGUUUCGGCUCAGCCAGCAGAAAGCUCCGUGAUGAACACUGGCUCUGAUGAACCUCAUGUGGACCAUGAACACGCCGAGAAUGAUCAUUCCGAGAAGGCCGGAGCUGAAGAAGAACAUCACGAAGUUUCGGCUCAGCCAGCAGAAAGCUCCGUGAUGAACACUGGCUCUGAUGAACCUCAUGAGGACCACGAUCACGCCGAAGUUGACCAUUCCGAGAAGGCCGGAGCUGAAGAAGAACAUCACGAAGUUUCGGCUCAGCCAGCAGAAAGCUCCGUGCUGAACACUGGCUCUGAUGAACCUCAUGAGGACCACGAUCACGCCGAAGUUGACCAUUCCGAGAAGGCCGGAGCUGAAGAACAACAUCAUGAAGUUUCGGUUCAGCCAGCAGAAAGCUCCGUGCUGAACACUGGCUCUGAUGAUCCUCAUGAGGACCACGAUCACGCCGAAGUUGACCAUUCCGAGAAGGUCGGAGCUGAAGAUCAACAUCACGAAGUUUCGGCUCAGCCAGCAGAAAGCUCCGUGCUGAACACUGGCUCAGAUGAACCUCAUGCGGACCACGACCACGCCGAAGUUGACCAUUCCAUGAAGGCCGAAGCUGAAGAACAACAUCAUGAAGUUUCGGUUCAGCCAGCAGAAAGCUCCGUGCUGAACACUGGCUCUGAUGAUCCUCAUGAGGACCACGAUCACGCCGAAGUUGACCAUUCCGAGAAGGUCGGAGCUGAAGAACAACAUCAUGAAGUUUCGGUUCAGCCAGCAGAAAGCUCCGUGCUGAACACUGGCUCUGAUGAUCCUCAUGAGGACCACGAUCACGCCGAAGUUGACCAUUCCGAGAAGGUCGGAGCUGAAGAUCAACAUCACGAAGUUUCGGCUCAGCCAGCAGAAAGCUCCGUGCUGAACACUGGCUCAGAUGAACCUCAUGCGGACCACGACCACGCCGAAGUUGACCAUUCCAUGAAGGCCGAAGCUGAAGAAGAACAUCAUGAAGUUUCGGCUCAGCCAGCAGAAAGCUCCUUGCCGAUCACUGGCUCUGAUGAACCUCAUGAGGACCACGAUCACGCCGAAGUUGAACAUUCCGAGAAGGUCGAAGCUGAGAAAGAACAUCACGAAGUUUCGGCUGAGCCAGCAGAAAGCUCCUUGCCGAACACUGGCUCUGAUGAACCUCACGAGGACCGCGACCACGCCGAAGUUGAACAUUCCGAGAAGGUCGAAGCUGAAGAAGAACAUCACGAUGUUUCGGCUCAGCCAGCAGAAAGCUCCGUGCUGAACACUGGCUCUGAUGAACCUCAUGAGGGACCACGAUCACGCCGAAGUUGACCAUUCCGAGAAGGCCGAAGCUGUGGAAGAACAUCACGAAGUUUCGGCUCAGCCAGCAGAAAGCUCCGUGCUGAACACUGGCUCUGAUGAACCUCAAGCGGACCAUGGACACGCCGCGAAUGAUCAUUCCGAGAAGGCCGAAGCUGAAAAAGAACAUCACGAAGUUUCGGCUCAGCCAGCAGAAAGCUCCGUGCUGAACACUGGCUCUGAUGAACCUCAUGAGGACCACGAUCACGCCGAAGUUGAACAUUCCGAGAAGGUCGAAGCUGAAGAAGAACAUCAUGAAGUUUCAGUUCUGCCAGCAGAAAGCUCUGUGCUGAAUACUCGUUCUGCUGAACCCCAUGAGGACCACGACCACGCCGAAGUUGAACAUUCCGAGAAGGUCGAAGCUGAAAAAGAACAUCACGAAGUUUCGGCUCAGCCAGCAGAAAGCUCCGUGCUGAACACUGGCUCUGAUGAACCUCAUGAGGACCGCGAUCACGCCGAAGUUGAACAUUCCGAGAAGGCCGAAGCUGAGGAAGAACAUCACGGAGUUUCGGCUCAGCCAGCAGAAAGCUCUGUGCUGAACACAGGUUCUGAUGAACCUGACGAGGACCACGACCACGCCGAAGUUGAACAUUCCGAGAAGGCCGAAGCUGAGGAAGAACAUCACGAAGUUUCGGCUCAGCCAGCAGAAAGCUCUGUGCUGAACACAGGUUCUGAUGAACCUGACGAGGACCACGACCACGCCGAAGUUGAACAUUCCGAGAAGGCCGGAGCUGAAGAAGAACAUCACGAAGUUUCGGCUCAGCCAGCAGAAAAGCUCCGUGAUGAACACUGGCUCAGAUGAACCUCAUGCGGACCAUGGACACGCCGAGAAUGAUCAUUCCGAGAAGGCCGGAGCUGAAGAAGAACAUCACGAAGUUUCGGCUCAGCCAGCAGAAAGCUCUGUGCUGAACACAGGUUCUGAUGAACCUGACGAGGACCACGACCACGCCGAAGUUGAACAUUCCGAGAAGGCCGAAGCUGAGGAAGAACAUCACGAAGUUUCGGCUCAGCCAGCAGAAAGCUCUGUGCUGAACACAGGUUCUGAUGAACCUCAAGCGGACCAUGGACACGCCGCGAAUGAUCAUUCCGAGAAGGCCGAAGCUGAAAAAGAACAUCACGAAGUUUCGGCUCAGCCAGCAGAAAGCUCCGUGCUGAACACUGGCUCAGAUGAACCUCAUGCGGACCAUGGACACGCCGAGAAUGAUCAUUCCGAGAAGGCCGGAGCUGAAGAAGAACAUCACGAAGUUUCGGCUCAGCCAGCAGAAAGCUCCGUGAUGAACACUGGCUCUGAUGAACCUCAUGCGGACCAUGAACACGCCGAGAAUGAUCAUUCCGAGAAGGCCGGAGCUGAAGAAGAACAUCACGAAGUUUCGGCUCAGCCAGCAGAAAGCUCCGUGAUGAACACUGGCUCUGAUGAACCUCAUGAGGGACCACGAUCACGCCGAAGUUGACCAUUCCGAGAAGGCCGGAGCUGAAGAACAACAUCAUGAAGUUUCGGUUCAGCCAGCAGAAAAGCUCCGUGCUGAACACUGGCUCUGAUGAUCCUCAUGAGGGACCACGAUCACGCCGAAGUUGACCAUUCCGAGAAGGUCGGAGCUGAAGAACAACAUCACGAAGUUUCGGCUCAGCCAGCAGAAAGCUCCGUGCUGAACACUGGCUCAGAUGAACCUCAUGCGGACCACGACCACGCCGAAGUUGACCAUUCCAUGAAGGCCGAAGCUGAAGAAGAACAUCAUGAAGUUUCGGCUCAGCCAGCAGAAAGCUCCUUGCCGAUCACUGGCUCUGAUGAACCUCAGGAGGACCGCGACCACGCCGAAGUUGAACAUUCCGAGAAGGUCGAAGCUGAGAAAAGAACAUCACGAAGUUUCGGCUGAGCCAGCAGAAAGCUCCUUGCCGAACACUGGCUCUGAUGAACCUCACGAGGACCGCGACCACGCCGAAGUUGAACAUUCCGAGAAGGUCGAAGCUGAAGAAGAACAUCACGAAGUUUCGGCUCAGCCAGCAGAAAGCUCCGUGCUGAACACUGGCUCUGAUGAACCUCAUGAGGGACCACGAUCACGCCGAAGUUGACCAUUCCGAGAAGGCCGAAGCUGUGGAAGAACAUCACGAAGUUUCGGCUCAGCCAGCAGAAAGCUCCGUGCUGAACACUGGCUCUGAUGAACCUCAAGCGGACCAUGGACACGCCGCGAAUGAUCAUUCCGAGAAGGCCGAAGCUGAAAAAAAGAACAUCACGAAGUUUCGGCUCAGCCAGCAGAAAGCUCCGUGCUGA